UAAGAGUUGUACUCACCUCCUGUAUCUGUUUCUUCUAAGCUUAGCCAAGCGUCUUCUUCCUCUGCUUCAUGCUCUAGUUGUCAUUCUUAUAUACUCCUUCCUUCUCACCUACCUUUUCGAUUUAGCUGCUGUAGAUAUAUUCAUCUCUGUGCAAUUCAAGACACUGAUAUUUUUCUUCGUGUCUACUUUCAAGGCUCUAACAUAAAGAAGGUCUUGUCUUUCUUGGAAAAGAAUCGGAUCUUGAAGAGCGUAAGAAUGAAAGAGAAGGAACAUUACGUGCCGCCUACUUACAUUCCGUUAAGUCAGUCUGGGGAUGCUGAUGGAGAAGUAACCACCACACCUAAUCUAGAAGGUGCUGAUUCUGGAGGCACAAAGGCUGAUCCGGUACAGUGGUCAUCUGGUAUAUGCGCUUGCUUCGACGACACACACAGCUGUUUUAUAGGUCUGUUAUGUCCAUGUUAUGUCUUUGGUAAAAACACAGAGCUGUUGGGGUCUGGAACAUUUGCAGGACCCUGCUUAACCCAUUGCAUUUCAUGGGCGUUAGUCAACACCAUCUGCUGCUUUGCGACCAGUGGCCUGUUACUAGGUUUACCUGGAUGCUUUGUUUCAUGUUAUGCUUGCGGAUACCGCAGAUCGUUAAGAGCCAAGUACGAUUUAGAGGAGGCUCCUUGUGGGGAUUUUGCAACACACUUCUUCUGUCACUUGUGUGCCGUUUGCCAAGAAUACAGAGAGAUCCGAGAACGUGGCUCGAAUCCUCCCGACAUAAAGAUGGCUAUUACCGAUGCCCCUUUGGCUCAAACCAUGGAAUCAGCUUAACUGAUCACUUUUGUCUCGUUGAGUUUCUCAGUACUCUUUUGUAGAAGAUUGAUGAGUAAAUAUAUAUUAAAAAAAAAGUUA